AACAUAAUUUGGAUACUCGUUAUCUUAAAAUAAAUAGGUAUCCUGGUAUGACCAUGUUCAAACAUUGUAUUGUACAAUACAAAUUAGCAACGAUUUUCAGUGGAUCACAAAUUAUAUGCAGGUCUCACUGGUCUCAGUACCUACAUAUUUAGUACACGAUACACAAGUACGAAACGACAACGCUAUGGAAACGCUGGAAAUUAUUAAAACUAAUGGUAAAAAACCUAAAAUUGCGCACAUCGGAUUUAUUUAUCAUUUUCAAAAAGAGUGUUCAAAUUUUUUACGUUGGCGAUGUUCUAAAUUUAGCUCUUUAAAAUGUCCGAGUGUACUUAAGACGAGUUUAAAUAUUGAAAAUCCAACAUUUGUUGGUCUUGAUCAUGAUCAUGUACAUCAUAGUAAUAAAAAUGCAGUCGCUGCUUUAAAAUUACAAAAUAUAAUGAAGACAAAAGCACAAAAAUCACAUGCAACACCGAGUCAAAUAUUUGCUGAGUCUGUGAUUAAUGUACCACAUGCAGUGUUAUCAGAAUUGCCAAAAGAAGAACACGUAAAACGGACAAUUCGAAAAAACAGAGGUUACAACGAUCCUUCAAAACCAGCAAGUAGAAAUGAAUUGGUCAUUGAAGGUGAUUGGUGCUUAUACGGAGAAGAACGUUUUUUAUUAAAUGACAAUGGUCCAGGUGCGAAUGAACGAGUACUGAUAUUUGCCACAGACUCUGGAUUAUCGUUAUUGGCAAGUUCUAAUACUUGGUUCAUAGAUGGGAAUUUUGGACUUGCACCUGAAUACUUUAAACAGCUGUAUGUAUUUCGAGUUCAAAAAAAUUCAAUUUUUAUUACAGCUGUUUAUUGUAUUCUUGAACGUAAGACCCAAUAUACUUAUGAACAUUUGUUUCGGACAAUAAUGACCGAGUGUGAAAAAAGAGGAAAAUACCCUGAUCCCGUUUUUUUAAAUAUGGAUUUCGAACUAGCCGUCAUGAAUGCUGCAAAACUGAUUUUGGGCAGCCAUAUUACGAUUCGAGGAUGUUUCUAUCACCUAUGUCAGUCAACGUUUCGGAAAUUACAAGAAUUAGGCUUUUCCGAACGAUAUAAAAAUGACGAAGUAUUCCGGAAAUUCUGUACUAUGGUUGAUAGUCUGGCUUUUCUUCCUUUAGAUGAUGUUAAAAACGGCAUGGAGUAUUUAAAACAAAAUAUACCAACUGGAGCAGAAGAUUUCUUGGUAUAUUUUGAAUCAACAUAUGUAAAUGGAAGUUUUAAAAGAAUAGGUACAGACGAGUGCAAUAUUCGUCUUCGAAGGAUUCCUCCAGCUUUCCCACCUUGUACAUGGAAUGUACAUCAAACUACAAUCUCAAACGAUAAUAAUAGACACAGAACAAAUAAUAUUACAGAAGGGUGGAACAAUAGAUUUUCCCAUUUAGUUGGUAUUAAACAUCCCACAGUUUGGCAUUUAAUAAGGAAAAUGAAAUAUGAGGUGGCGGCGGAUUAUGCAAAAUUAGCAUUGGAUGACGUUGGAGAAGGCAAUAAAAAAACGACCAAACUUGGACAAAUGAGGACGACAGAAAUUAGAUUACAAGAACUUUGUGCCAGGUUUGUAAGUGAAAAAAUAAAUAUUCCAGAUUUUUUGAAUUCAAUAAGCCAUAAUAUAAGAAAACAAUCUAGUAAUUAACUGUGAGCAGUGAGUACCUAUGCUAUAUUUUUAACUAAUUAACUAUUUAUAACUACUAUUAUUAUUAGUUAUUACCAUUUUAUAUUAUUGACAAUUAUUAUGAUCGAUAC